AUGCAGGAGUCAGCGCAGAGGGGAAAAGAGGGUGAGAGGGGAGAGACCUCUAUUGUCCAGGUGCCAUGUCUGUGCGGCAGUGCUACAUGUACAGUGUCCAGCUGUUGCCCAAGUUGCAGGAAUUCCACGGUGACCAGAAUGAUUUACGCUUCGAUCCUGCUGAUUGGGACCAUCGUGGCCUGCAUCAUGCUGUCGCCAGGGGUGGAUAAGCAACUUAAACGGAUACCAGGCUUCUGUGCAAAUGAGACAGGUUCUCUAGAUGCCCUUCAAGGUAAUGUUAACUGCGAAAUGCUUGUGGGAUAUAAGGCAGUCUACCGUGUCUGCUUUGGAAUGAGUCUGUGGUUCUUCGGAUUUUCCAUUCUCAUGAUUAACGUCAAGAACAGCAGAGAACCCCGCGCUGCAUUACACAAUGGAUUUUGGUUCUUUAAGAUUAUUGCCUUGGUGGGAAUUACACUUGGUGCCUUUUACAUUGAUGGGAAUUUUAAAUAUGCUUUUGUUCUGGGCUCUGCUGGAGCCUUCUUUUUUAUUCUGAUCCAGCUGGUCCUGCUGGUCGAUUUUGCCCACUCCUGGAAUGAGUCAUGGCUGGACAAAAUGGAGAAUGGCAACUCAAGGGGUUGGUAUGCAGCCUUGUUGGUGGUCACAAUCACAAACUACACCCUAUCAUUCGUUGCCAUUGUGCUGUUCUUCGUCUUCUAUACCAAGCCCGAUAUUUGCGCAAUUAACAAGUUCUUCAUCAGCUUCAACAUGCUGUUUUGCAUUGUCGCUUCAGUCACUUCUACUCUUCGUAAAGUACAGGAGUCUCAGCGUCGUUCUGGUCUUCUUCAGUCCUCCAUCAUCACCCUGUAUGUGACAUUUCUAACUUGGUCUGCCAUGAGCAAUGAGCCAGACGAAAAUUGUAACCCUAGCUUGCUGAGUAUUGUCCAACACACAGAGGAUCCCGUCCCCAAUACACCUUACCUGCAGUGGUGGGAUGGACAGAGCAUUGUUGGUCUGACUAUAUUUGUCCUGUGCAUCAUCUACUCGAGCAUUCGCUCAUCCAGCACAAGCCAGGUGAACAAACUGACCAUGGCUUCCAAAGACUCUGAAAUGCUUCCUGAGGACUGUAGUCUGGAAUUAGCGGAGGAAAGGAGUGGACCAAUGCGAGUGAAGGACAAUGAACAAGAUUUAGUCCAAUACAGCUAUUCCUUUUUUCAUUUCAUGCUUUUCCUGGCCUCACUUUACAUCAUGAUGACCCUCACACACUGGUACAGUCCAGAUGCAGACUACACCAUAACCAGCAAGUGGCCAGCAGUGUGGGUGAAGAUCACCUCCAGCUGGCUGUGCUUGAGUUUAUACAUCUGGACCUUAGUGGCUCCCAUGAUUCUUACCAACAGAGACUUUAGCUGA